AUGAUGAUGUUGAUAAUUUAUGACACAAUAUUGAUGGUGUUCACGGUAUUUUUGAAUAUGAUAAAUUCAAGAGUAAUCUCCACCUGGAAUGUGAGGACACUCAAGAGGCCUGGCAAGCUACAAGAAGUUGGGAAAAAACUAGAUAAGUAUCAAGUGAAAACAGCAGCAAUACAAGAAACUAGAUGGAAAGGGCAAGGAAUGAUAGUGUUGGGGGAACAUUUAAUGAUGUAUAGCAGUGGAAAUACAGGCCUUUAUGCCACUGCUUUCCUUCUACAUAGGUCUAUGAAGGCUAAUGUAAUUGGUUUUCCAGUAGUGAGUGACAGAAUGUGUUCUCUAAGGAUAAGGGCAAAAAUUUUUUGCGUUACAAUAGUGAAUGUCUACGCCCUUAUGGAGGAGGCAGAUGAAGAUGCAAAGGAUAAUUUUAUGCCAAAUUGGAAAAAGAAAUUGGUAAAAUUCAAAGGCACGAUGUGA